UGUCAACGAACGUUUAAUAAAGUAAGAUGGCAUCGAGUAGUUUCUUCAACUGGACCGAUAGAGUGAAAAAAGAACCUUGUGACGAGUUGCUUGAUGAAAAUUAUUAUGAAAUAAUUAACAAGACGCCCGAUGUUAAGACUGUUCGAAUCUCCAGAGAAUAUUCUGCGCAUCGAAAUUGUGAUAAAAAUGACACAAAUAAACUUGAGGACAUGCAAAUCGAAUUGGAAUGUAUAGACAUGAAGCCCAAUUUAUUGACUGUUGCGAAAAUUGAAGAUUUCUCUCCAAAUCAAUGGCAGGAUAGUCUUGAUUAUAAAACUGGAAGCACAAUUAAACUAGAAACUGUCGGGACAGUGAAGAAAGAGAUGUUGAACGAAGAAGUAUUUGUUACUGCGCAUAAUGGAAUCACACCUGCAUGUGAUAAUUCCGGAAAAUCAUUCAGGCAAAAGACUCAUAUGAUCGUCCACAUUGAUACAGUCCACAAGGAUGUCACACACGCAUGUGAAAUAUGCGGAAAUGUAUUCAAACGAAGAGGUGAUCUCAAUAGGCAUAUCGUUUCGUUGCACAAUCGAGUCCGAUAUGCAUGUGACACAUGCCCAAAGACAUUCUCAGACAAGAGUAGUCUCAAAAAACACAUCGAUUCGGUGCAUUAUAAAAUCACUUACACAUGUGACAUUUGCGGAAAGACAUACACUCGAAAAAAUCUUCUCAAAACUCACAUCGAUGUGGUGCAUAAUGGUGUUUCACAUGCGUGUAAUUUAUGCCCGAAGACAUACUCAGACAAGAGUAGUCUCACGAAACACAUCGAUUCAAUACAUCAUAAAAUUACGCAUCCAUGUGAUAAAUGCCAAAAGACAUUCUCAGAAAAGAGUAAUCUUCAAAAACACAUCGAAUCGAUACAUCAUAAAAUUACGCAUCCAUGUGAUGAAUGCCAAAAGACAUUCUCAGACAAGGGUUAUCUCAAAAAGCACAUCGCUUCGGUGCAUAAUGGUGUCCCAUAUGCGUGUGACAUUUGUGGGAAGACAUACACUCGAAAAGAUCAUCUCAAAACUCACAUCGAAUCGAUACAUCAUAAAAUUACGCAUCCAUGUGAUAUGUGCACAAAGAAAUUUACUGCGAAAAGAAGUCUUAAAGCUCAUAUCGAUGCGAAGCACAAUGGAAUCACACACGCAUGUGAUUUCUGCGAAAAAAAAUUUAAAUAUCAGAAUUAUCUCAAUAAGCAUGUGAAAUCUUCGCAUAAUGUUAUAACCCAUUCAUGCGGGACUUGCGGAAAGACAUUCAGUCAAAAAAGAAAUCUUAAAGCUCACAUCGACGUAGCGCAUAAUUCGCGCAUCAGAACCUAACAUAUAUAUUAAAUUUAUGUUCAAUAAUGACUCACUGAUGUACUAUUUAGUGUACUGUCAAACAAGACUAGUUUAAUAAUUUUUAUUAAUUACGAUAUUUUGUAUUCUUCCUAUAUCAUGUUAUUUUAAUUUGUAAAAUCAACAUCAAAUUUGAAAGAUAAAUAUAUUUCUUCCAGAAAAAGUA